AUGGUCUCUAUCUGGGCUUCCGGAUACAUAUCACUGCUUCGAAUGAAGAAGUUAUGCCGCUCAGACAGUAAUUUUCGUAGCUUUGUUUCUACACAGCAGUCAUGCAAAAAUCACCGGGACAUACGUCGCCAUCUCGCAAGAGUUGAAGCCUCACGACUGAACGGAGAUGUAAAAGCUCAAAUCGAAUGCCUGAGUGCUCUAUGUGAUCUCAACGUUGGUAUUUUGGAUGAUAGGGUAAUCUCUUCUAUCGAAUACCUCAAGAGCAAUGUCCACUCUGCUUGUGUAGACUCGCAGGCCAUACUAAGUUUUGUAACGUGUCUGCACAAAUUUGGUGACGUGCGUGGUCUCGCGGAGUUAUUACCAUAUUUCACAAAAGAUGUUGUUUUCAUACAUAGCAAUGGCAUAACUCGUCUCCUACGGAUAUAUGCGGUACAUUUCAAGAACACCAAGACUUUCCAAGACCUGAAAAGAGUUGUGCUUCCGUAUGUAAUUUCGCAACUUGAUACAUUCUCUCUCGACGACAAAUUAUCUUGCUUAUAUUCAUGUAUAAAUUCUUAUGAAUAUACGGGUGUGGUAUUGUCUGUGCUAGAAGCGUACGUUGCUAAUGUAUCGCAUCUGACUGCGAAUGAUUGGAGAACAUUGGAUACUGUAUUGGUCGCAUUAAGAAUAUACCGUACAGUUAAGGCAUUUGACCAGCGUAUUUUGAUUCCUGAACUGAGCAAGAGGUCGCAUGAUAAAGUGUUGGAGUGCUUAAGCACGUUAUAUGGCCAACAUAUGGCAUUGCAUGGUACUGUAAUUUCUAGAGUUUGUUACUUACUGGCUGCAUUGUGCCGCAAUGAUAACAUCGUAUGUGAUUCAACUAGAUUGUCUGAGCUGCUAUUGAACGCUACCGGAAAUAAUCUUUCGCAUACAUUUACAGCCAAAAGUGCCAUCUACCUCCUACGCUCUUUAGAGUUGUUCGGUGGUUGCUGUCAUUCGAUUAGGAAGCAACUCGAAGAUAUUGUGGUCUUCGAGCUAUCUAAUCUGUCGCUAUCGGAUAUGCUAUCCUGUUUGGGAGGUGUCAGCUUGGAAACCGCUGAUAUAAUUUCGUCGCACCUUAUUGGUACUGUGGAGGAACUGCAACCGUCAAGCCUACUUAUAUUGCUAAAAUUUUAUGCGGAAAAACAACCAUGUGUGUCUCCACGGCAUUUGUCUGAGUUAAGACGAAGGUUCCUAGCCAUUUGUGAUAGUAUGACACCAAUGGAAUUUGCAAAAUCAUUGAAAUAUAUGGCGUCAAUGCGAUUGCUAGACCGUCACUUACUGAUGAAGACGGUUGACCACAUUCAGGUGCAAUCUGUAAACCUGUGUCCUACCGCUAUGGGCUUGCUAUGUUAUUCUCUUGGGAAAAUCAGCUAUAAACUUCCCCUUGUUAACGUUAGACUCCUUGUCUCUCUCUUGCAAAGAGAUUUGGCGAGGUUCGGGUUGGUAGAUCUGAUACGCUGUCACCACUUCGUCCGAAUAUAUGGAACCCAGAGUGAGCAGCUCUACAGUAAACUGAUGGCGUCUAUAGAAGCGCUACUACAUGAUGCGAUUCCUGUACAACUGCUAUGCAAUUUGGCCUUGUCAACCGCAGGUUACGCAAAUAUGCGUUUCCAAAGCCUUUUGUACUCUGUUGUUUUCCAACGAAUGAAGGACAUGAAUGGGAAACAGGUGUGCGUAACAUUCAAGGCGCUUUCGAAAUCUAGGUUUCAAAAUCGAGAUCUCUUAGAGAAAUUUGUUUAUUUUAUAAUGCGUCAGAGUUCUCUUGAUAGAAAGGUAAUGUUUACUGAAGUCUGA